UAUGGACCUCUACUUCAUAAGCCCUGUUUGUGUGACCCACACAAAGUGUGUGAUCACAAUUGUAUGUUUAUAUUUAAUAUCAUUUUAUAUUACCUGUUUAACAAUGGACAGCAGGGGGCAGUAGAUGGCAGAGUAACACUGCCGUAAAGGGGUUUGUUAUUAUUUACGCGUCUACCGUAAAAUGUCUGACGUGAUGACGGAGCUGUCGUUAGCUUGCCAUUCUGGCAAGAUCCGCCAAACGAGCAGUAAAAGGAAUUCUCUGCUCAUAAUUUCUCGUGUUUUACAGGAAAUACUAUCUGUCAUCGCGCCCUGCAUAGCGGGGCCUGUUACAGAUUUUGGGGGCUCGUCCGGGGUGAGCAUAGUUUGAGACGACCACAUGCUGAUCCAGUGAUAUUGGACCUAAAGGACCGGACUGACGACGUGUUGCCGGAGUGAAGGUGCUUCCAGUUAGUGACUCAAGAGGUAGAGAGACCAGGUUGAAGGGGAUCUACGCCUAGGAGUGCAGAACUGCUUGCCACAGUUGCCUACAACACACAGGAUGGCUGACAACGAGAGGAAGAGACUAAGCUGGUCCAUCAAGAAAAGACUUCAUCAGCUAACAGCAGAUGAAGCGUAUGAAGUUGCCACACACCUCGAUCCAGUGGAAGGACUUGACGCAUCAAAGCUAAACAGGGACGACGAGGAGGGCUGUGUUGAGUAUAUUGCUGCGAAUAUGAACAGUAUGACUCUAUUAAACCUAGAAGAUGAGGGAAUGUCAAUGUUGUUGUGUCUACAAGAUACUGUUGAUUUGAUUAUUGCAAACCGUAGCAGUGGUACCGUGUGUUCCAAAGAGGGUGAAAUUGAUACUUCUGUUAAGUCACCUCUGAUGUUAUCUGCUACUGUUAACGCUAACCAACAACUUGAGCCAUUAGACAAUCCAACUGAGACUGGCAUUCAUGACGCAGACAUACAGAAACUGUUAAGGGGCUUAGAGGAGGUGCAAAACAAACUUCAACACAGUGUCACCACACCUAGUUCAGACACACCGCAACCUCACUCUAGCCAACCCAGUAAGCAGCAUACACCUAACUCACCACAUACAUCUACAGAAGGACUCUCUAAUCCCACCCGAGAGAGCAUGAUUUCCCUUAAAGAUCUUUCAUUUCUGCAUAGAAGGGAGUUUAAGAUUCAUGGAGGGCAGAUAACUGACACUUCAUCAGACAUUAGCUUUAACAGCUUAUGUAAACAGAUUGAGGAAGGCUGCAGAGAACAACACACUGAUGACGAGAUCAUUAGAGGGGUGUCACGCAUAAUAAAAGGUGGAAACUUUAAAGACAUGCUGACAAACAAGGAAGAUCUUACAGUCACCGAGCUGAAGAGUUUCCUGCAGUCCCACCUUGGCGAGAAGAGCAGCACAGAGGUCUUCCAGGAAUUGAUGUGUGCUAGACAGCAUGAAAAUGAAGCUCCACAGCAAUUCCUAUACCGCAUGAUAGGACUGAAACAAAAAAUAAUGUUCACCUCCAGGCAGGAAAAUGCACUUAUUAAGUAUGAUGCGUCUACACUGCAGGGUGUGUUUUUGAAUGCAGUCUAUCAAGGCAUGGGAGAGAGACAUGAGGAUGUCAGACGGGAGCUGAAACCUCUGCUUGCUGACCCCACUGUGUCUGAUGAAGCUCUGUUAAGGCAGGUUAUCAAGACUACGAUGGAAGAAAGUGAAAGAAAGCGCAGACUGGGACGCAGUUCCAACCGCAAGUUAACUCAAGCACACAGCAUACUCGCUGAACCUGAAGAGAUACUCAGCAGUGUGGGAGAGACUAAAAGUAAGGAUAAUGUCAUCCAGAGAUUGAGUGCUCAGGUUGAGGCUUUAACACAGGCAAUGGAAACACUGAAACAGCUAUCAACAACAACCCAGGUGCCUGAGGGGCUACAUCAAACCACUCACCGGUGUUGCUCUGACAAAACCAGACCAGAGAAGAAGACCAGGAGACCGUAUGGGUGCCCACAAUGCAUAGCUCAGGCUCAACCAAACUGUAGCCACUGCUUUUUCUGUGGGGAGGAGGGUCAUCGUGCUAUAGGCUGCUUGAAAAAAACAGAAGCAGGCGGGAAACGGGCGCCGGUCAGGGCAAUGGGACGACCACUGACCGACCCAAAGGAAAAGUCCCACCCCCAGGAGGUUGUAGCAGCAAGACAAAGCACUGGUGAUACACCUAUCAACACGCAGAAAAAUAACGAACAACACCCAAUCAAAAAGAUAGCUCCGCUAAUUGGUCGAAAGUCGCUAUUGAGAUGUAGCAUGAACGGUUACGCCAUAACCGCUCUUUUAGACUCUGGGGCCAAUGUGAGCAUAAUAGACAAUGCUUGGAAAGACAGAUACUUACCUGGACAAGAUAUUAGACCCCUCAGUGAACUCAUGGAGGAUGAUCUCUACGUGACGGCUGUCACAGGAGAUGCAGUACCUUAUGAAGGAUGGAUUGAAGUGGUAGUAAACCUGCAGGGAAACGAUGAUCCAGACUUAUCUAUUCGAGUGCCUUUCCUAGUGAGUCGAAUAAAAAUAGACAGACCGAUAGUUGGUUUUAAUGUCAUCCAGGAACUCUUUAGGAGUCAUGAAAGUAGACCCAAAGUGAUAUCUAUCCUUGUCAACUUGCUUACGGGUGCUUUGGAGAUGGACAGUGCAAUGGCAGAAGCUAUGGUGAGUUUCAUAAAGACUGAGCAAAAACAGAAACAACAGAAUGCUGCAGUAAAGAUAGGCAGGAAAGAAGUCACUAUUUAUCCUGGCCAGGUAGCUUAUAUUAAGUGCAGGGUACCAGUAGAUAUUAGUGAAUCUGACUCACUUGUGCUUUUCGAACCCAAUCUAGAAGCUACACCCCUGGCACAGCUGAGUGUUGGAGAAGGACUAAUGGCGAUCCAACAGACAGAGAGACCUUUCGUAAAGGUGCCUGUGUCAAACCAUUCCAGAAGUGCUGUGACUCUGCCCAGCGGUACUGUUCUAGGCAACAUCGAAACCAUUGACAGAGUGAUAGAGACAGACAACCAAAGCAGCAAGGACAAUCAAGCCCAGGCAAAUAUAGCCAGUUCUUCCACAUCACCACACUCUAACAGUGACAAACCCACUUCUGCAUUGUGGCACCCACCUGUGGAUGUCAGCCACCUGAGUGAUGAGCAACAGAUGAAGGUGGAACAGAUGUUACACGAGGAAUCGGCAGCCUUUGCUAAAGAUGAUGGGGACAUAGGUUGCAUUCCCAACCUGCAAAUGUCCAUCAACUUAACGGACAACAUCCCAGUUCAGCGCACAUACAGUGCAGUACUCAAGCCCCUUUAUAAAGAGGUUAAAGAGUACAUCCAAGACCUGCUUGUAAAAGGGUGGAUAGUUAAGUCCAAAUCUCCGUACUCAGCACCUGUUGUCUGCGUCAGGAAAAAGGAUGGGUCCCUAAGGUUAUGCAUCGAUUAUAGAAUGUUAAACCAGAAAACAGUACCAGACCGUCACCCAUUGCCUCGUAUCCAGGAACUCAUCGACACCCUAAAAGGCCAAAGCUGGUUCAGCAUUUUAGACCAAGGCAAGGCCUACCACCAAGGCUACAUUGCUGAAGGAUCCAGACACAUGACGGCGUUCAUCACCCCUUGGGGGCUGUAUGAGUGGGUGAGGAUACCUUUUGGACUCUCCAACGCCCCUGCUGCUUUUCAGCGCAGCAUGGAGGAAAUGUUGGACUCUCUGCGUGACAACUGCUGUAUCCCUUACCUCGAUGACAUCCUCUGCUACUCCGACUCCUUCACUAGCCAUGUUGAGGGAGUACGUCAAGUCCUGAGAGCCUUGCAGUCCCAUGGUGUCAAGCUUCGACCAACAAAGUGUGAGCUGUUCCAGAAAGAGGUCAGGUAUGUUGGGAGGCUGGUCUCUGCAGACGGUGUCAGGAUUGACCCAAAAGACAUUGAUGCCAUCAUGUCCCUGAAAGAGAAGAGGCCAAGCACAGUUGGAGAAGUGCGGAAGUUACUGGGUUUCCUAAGCUACUAUAGAGCCUAUAUUCAAAACUUCUCAAGCAUUGCAAAACCAGUUUAUGAUCUGUUAAAAAUUAAAGGAAACUCUACCGUGACACAGGGGAAACAUAAGGUGGGAAAAGGAGCUCAGAUGCCCUCAAGGACACCUGUCCUGUGGACUGAUGAUCACCAAAGGAUUCUUGAACAGCUGAUUGACACGCUUUCACACCCACCUGUGUUGGCCUAUCCGGAUUUCGAACUGCCAUUUGUGCUCCACACUGACGCCUCUCAGCAGGGACUCGGCGCUGUGUUGUAUCAACGACAGGAUGGAAAAAUGAGUCAUCGCCUAUGGUUCAAGAACUCUGUCUCCCGCUGAGAAGAAUUACAACAUGCA